CACAAGCCUCCACGGAAUGGUAUAUUCAAUCGAUUCUUCAAUGGUGUAUCCACGAAGGUGCAUGUGUUGCGCAAGAGAUUCAAUGAGAAGAGCCUUGGCAAGGAUGUGGAAGACUAUUUGAAGGCUGCCAAUCUUUUGGUGUACUAUCUAUUCCUCCUAUGUCGGGAUAAUCCAGUGAUCGAGGAUUGGGCAUGGACAUUAGUUGAGGAUUUUGAGCGUUGGGAUGCCUUUCCAUGGGGCUCAUACACGUAUGGCGCAUUGUCUUACUACAUAGACACUGUUGGGAUUGCCCCGGACCAAGCUGAAAAAGAUUACCACUUUUAUGGUCCGGUUUGGGCCUUACAAAUUUGGUCGUACGAGGCCGUUCCAGAUUUGGGAAGCCAAUGUGGCUUUCGAGAGCGCGAGGAGAUAUUGCCUCGUUGUUUGAGAUGGAGCACUCGACAGAUGAGGAAGAUUGAUUUUGCAACUUUUUUAGAGAAGCGGCGGCCGGUAUAUCCUGUGUUGGAAGCUACAUCUAGUGAGUUAGAUGAGUACUAUAUGAUGAGCUUCGACAAUGGGGAUAUGUUUGAUGUUCGUUUCGAGGCUCCUGUACGCGUUGCCUCAAGAUAUGAGACAACAUUGAAGGCGCCUGUACAGAAAGCACGACGCGGGACGAAGCGCCCCCGACAGAGCACUCCACUUCUCACUCCAACAGAGGGGGGAGAGAGAGCUAGAGUGUGUUGUGUGCACGGACGGCCUUGCCCAGACAACGAAGGGGGCACUGACAGGGGGCAUGAUAUCGAGGACAGAUUGAGGGCAGUUAUCGAUGAUAGAUUGAGGGCAGUUUUGACUGAUGAUUCUGAUACAGGCUUUCUUGCUGUAUUGAGAGCAGUUAUCGAUGACAGAUUGAGGGCAGUUUCCGGCCGGAGGCGUUCUAGGAGUCCUCCACUCUUCCGGGAAGAGGAUGUUAUCUCCCACCACUCUCAGAGUCGCUCCCGCCAGCCACAGCCUCAGCAUGUCGCUGCCGAUGAGGCCUUUUCUUUGCAGCCUCAGCACGUCCCCACCGAGGUCGGUACUUCUUUGCAGCCUCAGCAUGCCCCCACCGAGGAGGCUAUUGUUUUUCAGCCUCAGGACAUACCCAUCGAGGAGGUUACUGCUUUUCAGCCUCAGCACAUACCCACCGAGACCAGUGCUUCUUGGGAGCCUCAGCACGUCCCCAACGAGGCCGGUACUCCUUUGCAGCCCCAGCAUGCCCCCGCCGAUGAGGCUAUUGUUUUUCAGCCUCAGGACAUACCCAUCGAGGAGGUUACUGCUUUUCAGCCUCAGCACAUACCCACCGAGACCAGUGCUUCUUGGGAGCCUCAGCACGUCCCCAACGAGGCCGGUACUCCUUUGCAGCCCCAGCAUGCCCCCGCCGAUGAGGCUAUUGUUUUUCAGCCUCAGGACAUACCCACCGAGGAGGUUACUGCUUUUCAGCCUCAGGACAUACCCACCGAGACCAGUGCUUCUUGGGAGCCUCAGCACGUCCCCAACGAGGCCGGUACUCCUUUGCAGCCCCAGCAUGCCCCCGCCGAUGAGGCUACUGCUUUGCAACAGUUUACCAACCUCUUCAAGUCUGUGGUACCUGUGUCGCACUCUCCUAUCAAGGGAGCCUCUUACCAGACCUAUAUCCCAUAUGAUAAGGUUUGUACCUUACAUUCUCCUGACAAGGCCAAGAAAGCGUCUAAGCCACAUGAUAAGGUACAAACAUCUGAGCCUAGUGUUGAUUUGGAUGAUCUCGAGGAGUUUGGGGAGGAUGAGGAUGAGGACACGGGCGAUAAGAGUUUGGGGCCUCGAGAGCGUAGACCGUCUGCUGCUAUUCGGACUCCUUUUAAGGGUCAAAGUCCGUCUACUGCUGAGGUAUUGAGGACUCAGUACAGAAAAUUCAGAAUUAGUGGACCUAAUUCCAUUGCAGUUGUGACUGCGACAGAAGCUCCUUUAAAUCAAGAGUUCUUCGAUGAUCUUGAGAAUACCGACAUGGACUUCACCCAAGAUGUCAUAGACCAAUACGUGCUUUUUAUUCGCACACGUCUUGGGAUAGCCAAAGAAAAAAGCAUGUCUACUACUUUAGUCAUCGGCACUGAUUUUUAUGUAAGUUUUACUAUGAUCCUUCAUUUGUGA